GUCUGCGCCCGCGGAAUGCUUUUCUUGCGAGGGGUGCCCCGAAGAUGCGACAUCCUCACCGUCUACAGCCCGGACGCCGAAGAAUGGUGCCAGUACCUGCAGGACCUUUUCCUGUCCAGUCGGCAGGUCCGCACCCAGAAGAUGCUGACGCACAGGCUGGGCCCUGACGCCUCCUUCUCAGCCGAAGACCUGCUGCUCUUUCUGGGCGCCCGCUGCGUGGUGGUGCUGCUCUCGGCGGAGCUGGUGGAGCACUUCUACCGGCCCGCGCUGCUGCCGCUGCUGCAGCGGGCGCUGCACCCUCCGCACCGCGUGGUCCGGCUGCUCUGCGGGGUGCAGGGCGCCCCGGAGGAGUUCCUGCCCUUCUUCCCCGACUGGGCCCUCUGGCAGGAGCUCACCUGUGACGACGAGCCCGAGGUCUAUGUGGCCGCGGUGAGGAAGGCCAUUUCCGAAGAUUCUGGCUGUGACUCAGUGACUGACACAGAGCCUGAAGAAGAGAGCCACUCAAAGCAGCAGAGCCUACCGACGACAGAGGCUUCCAGGAACCUGAUGGUGGUACAGCCGGACCGCAUUCGCUGUGGGGCAGAAACUACGGUCUACGUCAUUGUGAGAUGUAAGUUGGAUGAGAGGGUGGCAACAGAGGCAGAAUUUUCUCCUGAGGAUUCCCCCUCUGUAAGGGUAGAAGCCAUGCUGGAGAAUGAAUACACAGUGUCUGUGAGGGCUCCUGAUCUUUCAUCUGGGAAUGUUUGUCUGAAGAUAUAUUCUGGGGAUUUAGUGGUAUGUGAAACCAUUAUCAGCUAUUAUACAGACAUGGAAGAAAUUGGGAAUUUACUGUCUAAUGCUGCAAAUCCUGUGGAGUUCAUGUGUCAGGCCUUUAAAAUUGUGCCCUACAACACAGAAACUCUUGAUAAACUGCUAACAGAGUCCCUGAAAAACAACAUCCCUGCAAGUGGACUGCACCUUUUUGGAAUCAACCAGCUGGAAGAGGAAGAUAUGAUGACAAAUCAGAGGAAUGAAGAGCUGCCUACCUUGUUGCAUUUUGCUGCGAAGUAUGGGCUGAAGAACCUUACUGCUUUGCUGCUCACCUGCCCAGGGGCCCUCCAGGCAUACAGUGUGGCCAACAAGCAUGGCCACUAUCCCAACACCAUUGCCGAGAAACAUGGCUUCAGGGAUCUGCGGCAGUUCAUCGACGAGUAUGUGGAGACUGUGGACAUGUUGAAGAGCCACAUUAAGGAGGAGCUGAUGCACGGAGAGGAGGCUGAUGCUGUGUACGAGUCCAUGGCCCACCUGUCCACAGACCUGCUCAUGAAAUGCUCCCUCAAUCCCGGCUGUGACGAGGAGCUCUACGAGUCCAUGGCGGCCCUUGCCCCAGCGGCCACUGAGGACCUCUAUGUUGAAAUGCUUCAGGCAAAUACAUCUAACACAGUCUCCGGUGAUGGUUUCUCUAGGCCUACUAAGGAUUCUAUGAUCCGCAAGUUUUUAGAAGGCAGCAGCGUAGGAAUGACCAGUUUGGAGAGAGAUCAGUACCAUCUUGGUGGGGAAGAAGAUGUUUAUCACACAGUGGAAGAUGAAGAGGCCUUUUGCAUGGACCUGGCCAGCAGGCCUCCUCUCCCUGUGCCCAGGCCAGAGGCCAGCGCUCCAAGUGCUCAUCAGCUGCCUGACAAUGAACCAUACAUUUCUAAAGUUUUUGGAGAAAAAAGUCAAGAGCAGUCUGGGAAUUUGUAUGUUUCCUCAGAGAGCCUCCUGAAAGAGCCGCCUGUCAGACCUUGGAGAGACAGGCCCCAGUCAAGUGUGUAUGACCCAUUCGCUGGGAUGAAGACGCCAGGCCAGCGGCAGCUCAUCACCCUGCAGGAGCAGGUGAAGCUGGGCAUCGUCAACGUGGAUGAGGCUGUGCUGCACUUCAAGGAAUGGCAGCUCAACCAGAAGAAACGAUCUGAGUCCUUUCGCUUCCAGCAGGAGAAUCUUAAACGGUUAAGGGACAGUAUCACCCGAAGACAGAAAGAGAAGCAAAAAUCAGGAAAGCAGACAGACUUGGAGAUCACAGUCCCCAUCCGGCACUCACAGCACCUGCCUGGGAAAGUGGAGUUUGGAGUCUAUGAGAGCGGCCCUAGGAAAAGUGUCUUCCCCUCAAGAACAGAGCUAAGGCGUGGCAACUGGAAAACAGACAGUACCUCCAGUACAGCAAGCAGCACGAGUAACCGCUCAAGCACACGGAGCCUCCUCAGUGUGAGCAGCGGGAUGGAGGGCGACAAUGAGGACAAUGAAGUCUCAGAAGUUACCAGAAGUCAUAGUCCAGGCCCCCAACAAGUGGAUGGAACUCAUACCAUGUCCCUUGAGAGACCCCCCAGGGUGCCUCCUCGAGCUGCCUCACAGAGAUGGAGUCUUCCAAGUUGUCCAGGGUCACCUCAAACUUGCAGUUUUCCUGUUUCUGCCUCCCAGUCCAAGUCACUGGGAUUACAGGCCUCCAGCCAGAGAGACCUUCCAUCCUCCUCCACCUGUUCCACCCAGAGGUCGCUGAUUCCACCUCCUACACUCUGCCUACUUCAGAACAUUCAGACUUGCAACUUUCAGCCUGUUAAUGAUGUCUUCAUGUUGUGUUUUCUGGUGUGGUUGUUGAUCUUAAGAGCCACUCUCAUUGCUGAUGUCGUUGCAGCUCUGAUGGUUUGGGUUAUCCUUGAAGAAGACAUUAUCAAGGCAUGAAGUUGUGAACAAUUAUGGACUCUGUUCACCAUUAUCAAGAAUAUUGAUUCAUAUUCUUGUUUACCAAAAAAAGUAACUUGAUCAGAAUAUUUACCUCUCCUUUCCUAUAUCAGAAGCCUAAUAAGAUUGAUUAGACAUGUACUUACAAGUGAUUAUACUGCAAUGUACUUAUAUUAGGACUUAUGUAUUUGCCAGCCUAAUAUCUAGAAAUGGUUAAGAUACAGGUCUCACAGUAUUCCAGUAAAAAAAAAUAAGUGGCCUAAUUUUAAAAUAAUUCUUCUGCUUGCCCAUAUGUUCAGGAGGUUCACAUACAGCAAAUUGAAAAAGAUCUUAAGAAGGGAUGCAUACUAACUUCUUUCGUAUAGAAGGCAAAUCUGAGGUCCCAUAGAAA